AUUUUACUUAGGGGCCAGCACAGCUUUUGUUGAUGUAACAAUUAACAAAUUGCAGAAUUCGCAAGCACGAAAACGAAAGUAGCCUCCAAUUUCAUUCCGAGCAUCAAUGGCACUCAAUCUUCGGCUAAGACAAACUGAGUGCAUAACUCGGAUGCUGAAUCUGGACCAACCGGUGAAUUCAAAUGGGACGGCCAAUGAAGAAGUGUACAAGAUCUUGAUCUACGACAGGUUCUGUCAAGAUAUUCUGUCUCCUCUGAUCCAUGUCAAGGACCUUCGCAAGCACGGCGUAACCCUAUACUUCCUGGUUGACAAGGACCGCAAGCCUGUCCACGACGUCCCGGUAGUGUAUUUUGUCCAGCCGACUCAAAUCAACGUCCAGCGCAUCGUCGCCGACGCCUCCAGAUCCCUCUACGACUCCUUCCUCCUUAAUUUCUCGUCCUCGAUCCCUCGGUCGCUGCUCGAAGAUCUCGCUUCGGGGACUCUUCAUUCCGACUCCACUCAGCGGAUUUCCAAGGUACACGAUCAGUACUUGGAGUUUGUAACCCUAGAGCAUAACUUGUUUUCACUGUCCAAUAAACCUUGUUAUGUUCAAUUAAAUGAUCCAUCGGCCGGAGACCGUGAAAUUGAGGACAUUGUUGAGAAAAUUGUCAGUGGGUUGUUCUGUGUGCUGGCCACACUUGCUGUGGUUCCUAUUAUCAGGUGCCCUCGGGGUGGGCCUGCAGAAAUGGUUGCUUCAUUGCUGGAUCAGAAAUUGCGUGACCAUUUACUGGCGAAAAAUAAUUUGUUUUCAGAAGGUGGGAAUUUUGCAAGUUCUUUUCAGAGGCCCAUUCUAUGUAUAUUUGAUAGGAAUUUUGAAUUGUCAGUUGCAAUACAGCAUGAUUUCAGGUAUAGGCCGCUUGUUCAUGAUGUGCUAGGUUUGAAGCUGAAUAGAUUGAGUGUGCAAGGAGAGAAGGGUGGGAUGAAAUCUUAUGAACUGGAUAGGUCAGAUCCGUUUUGGGUGGCAAAUGGAUACUUGGAAUUUCCUGAAGUAGCUGUGGAGAUUGAGACUCAAUUGAACAAAUAUAAGAAGGAUGUCGACGAGGUCAACAGGAGAACUAGGGGAAAUGAGGGGGCUGAGUUUAAUGGGACAGACUUGAUUGGCAAUACCAAGCAUUUGAUGAAUGCCGUUAAUUCUCUGCCUGAGUUGACUGAGCGGAAGCAGGUGAUUGAUAAGCAUACUAACAUCGCCACUGUUUUGUUGGGUGAGAUCAAGGAGAGGUCACUUGAUUCUUUUGCCAAGAAGGAGAGUGACAUGAUGGUUAGAGGUGGCAUCGAUAGGAGUGAGCUUCUCAGUGUGCUAAAGGGUAAAGGAACGAAGUUAGAUAAGCUGCGGUUUGCAAUCAUGUAUCUUAUUUCUUCUGAAAGCAUUCCUCAAGCCGAAGUGGAAAUGGUUGAAUCAGCUCUGAGGGAGUCUGAAGUUGAUACCAGCGCAUUUCAGUAUGUUAAAAAGAUCAAGUCACUGAAUGUUUCAUUGGCUUCUGCAAAUUCAGCUAGUAGGAGUAACAUCGUGGAUUGGGCUGAGAAGCUCUAUGGGCAGUCAAUUAGUGCUGUCACUGCUGGUAUGAAGAAUCUCUUGUCUAGUGAUCAUCAACUGGCACUGACAAGGACAGUUGAAGUCUUGAUGGAAGGUAAACCAAAUCCUGAAAUUGAUUCUUAUCUCAUAUUUGAUCCUCGCGCUCCAAAGUCAAGCUCUGGCACAAGUAGUAGCCAUCUGAAAGGACCAUUUAAAGAAGCUAUUGUUUUUAUGAUUGGUGGUGGCAAUUAUGUGGAGUAUGGGAGCUUGCAGGAGCUUGCUCACCAUCAUCAGCCAGCCAAACAUGUAAUAUAUGGAACAACAGAAAUUCUGACUGGCAGUGAGUUUGUUGAGCAGCUUGCACUUCUGGGAAAGAAGAUGGGUUUAGGCAGCAGUGGUUCUCCAUCAGCCCAUUAAGAUGAUAUGUUAUAUUUUAGUUCAAAACAUACUGUUUUUUGGUCCGUAUGUGCAAAAAGAAUGUGCUCUGUAACACAUAAUGCAACGUGGUCAUUGUACACUUGAAGCUGUUGAAAUGGAAGCACUGGACAGGAACUAUCGCCAUAUAAUUCCUCAUAACUUCAAGUGCAAAUGAUGGAACUUAGUAAUGAUGAAUCCUGAUCUUUAAGGGAAGUAGUAGAUUUCUACGCUUGUGUUUUCCAUCUUUUUUGCUGUUUUUUGACAUGCAUAAAAUGAUUCUUAAUAUUUCCCCCUUCUCAUAUAUAAGAUUUUGUGGAAUGUCUACUACCUACUUGUUUCAAUUAUUUGUAAUGCAUCUUAUUGGUAACUAUUGGAAAUCAUGAAAUAGGAUCAUUUUCUCUGUUCAAGAAAUCAUGGACCUCUGAAUUCUAGGAGUAACUACUUUAAGAUGCUGAAAGAGAGUUUCAUGAUUUCACUGCAACACAAGCAUCAUUCAAAGCUGUUGAUCGCCAAGGAACAAGAGCACCACCAUCCAUUUGGAAUCUGAUUAGGCAGAAACCAGCUCAACUCAUUAUCCCAUGUGAAUUCUGUCCCAAUCUUUUAUUUAAAUCGGUUAAAAUCGAUUUUCUAUUUUGAUUUAGCUCUUCUCAAUAAAUUUGAUUUGGUUGGAUUUUGAAUCUUUGAGCGUUUAUGCUGUCUCUCAAACUUAGUCGACAAAUAUGAUGACCCAGCAGCAUCUCAUCUAUGGAUCCUCACUUGCUUGUCUUCUUUAAUUCUUUGUCAUUUUGUUCAACCCACCAUAAUUUUUGAUUCAGUGCACUCAGAUGUCAAAUGGGCCAUCACCCAAAAUGCUCUUAACCAAGUCCUCUUCAUGCAGAGCCUCCUCAAGCUAUAUGUCAAAGUCUCACAUCGUUUGGAGAUAAAAGUGUCCCACUAUUUGUAAGAUUUUGGGUAAACCACUCUUCAUUAUAUGUUAUUAUUAAAGAGGUGAGUUCGUCACUCUAGUCCGUCAACAUAUACAGUAACGGACUCCACGUCUUACACUGUAAUUAAGAUCUACUUCUUAUAAGCAUAUUUUAAAUUUAAAAUUUAAUUAUUACUUGACUUAAGGAAGUAUGAGGGAUCUGGUUAUCGCUAGGCUACUAUCUUGGUGGUAUUAUUUUUAGGUAACUUCUCAAAUUCACACAGAGAUAUGGAGUUUUUAUAUAAAAUCUAAUUUGAUUGUAAAUAUCAAACAAGGAUAGAUAUAGAAAAUUUAAUUCAAUUAGAGUAGUUGCUUAUAAAUAUUAUCCUGAGUUCACUCACUUGUUGACUGACUCUGUUAAUAAUUUAUGAAAUGAUAGGGUUAGGUUAUUAUCGCUAUGUGUCUAAUCUGUUUGCCUUAGCUAGAUAUAUACAAGUAAAGUCCCUUAGCCUUCUUCGUGCAAAACGUGUUGCAAGAGAUUUUAUAGUUUCUUUGUACAAAAUUAUAUUUAGUGGAUUAUUCCACUAAGGGAUCGUGCACGUAAGCAUUUAGAUUGAAUCGUAUUAAUUUUCUAUGUUCUGUUUUCUCUUUAUUUUUGUUUGUUUUUGAUCGUGCACAAUCUGAUCCACUGCAAACAUAAAUGUUAAAAGCUAAUUAAUAAAGGGUCUUGAGAUCAACUAAAGAAAAUUCAUGUGGCUAAAAUAACUCAACAUAAUAGUGCUGUAAAUUUGUAAUUUGUGUAACCAAACACGUAUUGGAAGAGUUAAAGGAUAUGAAUGAACGAACGUGGCGUCACUAUGGGUCUAAUAUUAAUUUGGUUGGAAGAUAAAUCAUAACAACUUUAAACGAAAUAAUACAAAAAUUGUAUCAUUGAAGAAUGCUAAGAUACAUGAAACCACAAGGAAACGAGGUUAUGAGUAAAAAACAGUAGAAAUAGAGCAAAUGCAAUGACAAUAUAAAGCUAAGAUUAGCAGAUUAGAGCAAAGUUGCCUUUUACCUGUCAACACUAGAGCUGUCAUUUUAUAUCCUUCUUUCUCACAGUCAAGAUAUUAGCUUUUACUGAUCCAGCUGUUAUAGUUUGUUGUAGUUGUAGUGUUUUAUGGUUGAGAUAUAAGUACUUUAUGUGACCAAUUUUUUAGUAUGAGAAUUAUUUUUCGAUUCUUCCUUCUCCCUUCUCUGCAAUUACUUGAAUACUAUGGUGAUUUUUUAGUUUUUACAUAGUGUCCGAGCAGUCGAAUUAAUCUGACGUCAUGGAAGGAGUCGACACAGCUUUUGCAGAAAUCAUUCCAAGCAGAAGCAGUAGCUUGUCCAAUGAUGAUUUGUUUAAUCUCCAAAGUUAUGAUCUUCCAGGAUUAUCUCUUGUAAUAGCGCCAUUGACUUGGAUGAAUUACAGAUCAUGGCAUCGUGCUAUGCAAAUCACAUUGAGAGCCAAAUGUAAAUUAGGUUUUGUGGAUGGAGGAGAGGACUCAGAACAUUAUGCUGCAUUGAAAAGGUACGAUUAUAUGAUCAUUUCGUCGAAAAGGUAUGAUUAUAUGAUCAUUUCAUAGAUUGCUAGAAAUUUCAUUUACACUACCACAACUAGGAAAUUAUGGCUAGAAAUUACAGAACGACUUGGUGAAACUAACAGAUUGCUAGAAAUUACAAUUUCAAAAGAUUUGGUAGAUGCUUUCAUUUACAUUACCACAACUAGGAAAUUAUGGCAAGAAAUUACAGAGCGACUUGGUGAAAGUAACAGAUUGCUAGUUUAUCAAAUUCAACAAAAGAUCCCUUCAAUAACACAAGAAAAUGCAUUUGUCUCUGUAUGCUAUACACAACUUAAAAGGCUUUGGGAUGAAUUGGCAUCAGUUGAUCUAGUUCUUGCAUGUACAUGUGGUGUGGCAAAAUCUAUUGUCGAUAUUUCAAACAAAAUAAACUCAUGCAGUUUCUUAUGGGUCUUCAUGAUGGGUAUGACCAUGUGAGGAAUCAAAUUCUUCUUCUAGAUCCACUUCCUACCGUGAACAAGGCUUAUGCAAUGGUACUAAAGGUGGAGGCUCAAAGGGAAGUGUUUUCUUCUUUUAUAGAAGUAGAGGGUUCUGCACUAUCUUCUAAACCCUAUAGUUCUAAGCAAGAAUCAAAGAGAAAAAAGACAUCAAAUGGUUAUUGUGUCUAUUGCAAAGGUAACGGACACACUAGAGAUCAAUGCUUCCAGCUCGUCGGCUAUCCUUGUUGGGUUGGCCUCCCUUCCUAUGUGGAGAAAGAAAAGCCCAAACUUGGUGGACAAAAGCCCAUUUUUAGAAGCUUUUCUUGGCCCAAUUGUUUGCUAUAUAUAGCCCCCUUUGAUACAAUUAGGGUUUGUGAGAGAAAAGGAGGAAGAGAGAAGAAAAAUAGAGAAAAACAUAGUUGUGAUCAAACACCCGAUCUGAAGUAUCCCGUGGUUUGAUCUUCGUGAUUUUUGGACUGUGUGCUCUGCUCUCAUGGAAAUUUAAUAUGUAUGGUUAGAUUUUGUUUUUGAUUUUUGUGGACAUAAUAUUUCCACUCGGAAUAGAAGCUAUUUUGCAGGCGUUUUAAGUUUUGCAUAGUUAUGAUCAACUGCUGAUUCAAUGUAUCCUAUGGUCUGAUCUUCGUGAUUUUUGGAAUGUGUGUUAUAAUCUCGUGGAACUUUGAUCUGAAGGGUUAGAUCUUGUUUUUGAGUUCUGUAGACAUACUAUUUUUACUCGGAACAUUAGCUGUUUUGCAGUUGUUUCCAGCUUUGUGCAGUUGUGAUCAUUUUGACAAUCUGAAGCGAUCCAUAGUCUGAUCGAUCUCAUUUUUGGAAAGGAGCUUCCAGACUCAUAGUUAUUCAAUCUCAGUGGUGGGAUUUAAAUUUGGAGACUUGGAAGUAUUAUAUGCUUGGUUGGAACAAAAAUUGUGUAUUUUGGUGAUAUCUUCUCCCUUUCAUUCUAUUAUUUUGUUGAUUGUUGAUAUUGGAUCCCUUUUGUAGGUGAAGUAUUGGUGCUGGUUUGAAAAAGUUUUAAGAGGAAUAUUUGUAGACAAUCGAUUAAUUAUAGUGAAGUUUCUUU